AUGAGUAUCUCCAAAUCCGACCCCAUCAUCAUAGUUGGCGGCGGAGCCUUUGGGCUCUCGACUGCUCUGCAUUUGACCCGCUCCGGUUUCACGAAUAUUUCGGUCUUUGAGAGAGACGAGCACAUACCUCCCCGUUACUCGGCUGCCAAUGACCUGAACAAGAUCGUGCGCGCCGAGUAUGAGGAUCCAUUCUACACCGACCUGACAAUCAAAGCAAUUGCGGCGUGGAAAACACCUUUGUUUGCCCCCUAUUUCCACCAGACAGGAUUCCUCCACUGCGUGUCGGGCGAAGCUCCGCAAAAGGCCAUCGAUACCCUCAAUAGAUUCCGUGCUUCAGCAGAGGGGAAUAAUCAGAUCAAGCCCCAUGUCGUACCCCUCAAUAGCCAAGACGAUAUCCGCCAAGCCUGCUGGCAGCUGGAAGGCCCGUUGACCGGCUGGAAUGGAUACCUGAAUCGUUUCGACGGGUAUGCCCACUCCGGAAACGCCCUGGCGGGGAUAUACCGAGCCGCCCAGGCAGCGGGUGUUCGCUUCUAUCUCGGGGAGCGCGGCGCAGUCGACGAGAUCGUCUACGUCAGCACUCUGCAUGGCAAGAAGAGCUCCGGAGUGCGCACAAAGGAAGGCAAACUCCACCCUUCUUCCUUGGUGAUCGUUGCAGCCGGCGGUGCCGUAGGCCGCCUAGUCCCCGAGAUUGGCAAGAAGGUCGUGGCCAAGUCCUGGUCUGUGGCGCAUGUUCACUUAACCGAUGAAGAGACUUCGGCACUCCGUGGUAUCCCCGUGACCUAUGCCCGUGAUCUGGGCUUCCUCUUUGAGCCGGAUCCUCAGACCAACUUGCUUAAGAUCUGCCCUAUGGGCGGUGGUUAUAUCAACACUGAUCCCGAGACUGGGGUUUCGCAUGCCCCGGGGACUCUGGAGGAGAGUGCGUUCGUGCCGGAGCAUGAUGAGAAGCAGAUGAGGAAGUUGCUGGCGCAGACUCUUCCGGCUCUUGCGAAUCGGCCGCUCGUUAAGAAGUCGCUUUGCUGGUUUGCGGAUACCGAUGAUUCGGACUUUAUUAUUGAUUUUGUUCCUGGGACUUCGUCGUCGGUUGUUUUGUUGUCUGGUGACUCUGGGCAUGGUUUCAAGAUGUUCCCUAUCUUUGGAUCGUGGGUUGCGGGUUUCUUGCAGGCUGGUCGGCAGAGUGAAGCUCGAUGGCGGUGGAAGCAUGACAGUAAUAAGGAAGGGAAUUGGGGUGGUGAUGUGAGCUGGCGUAUUGGGGAGUCGAAGGAGCUCUCUGUGAUACGGCCAGCGCUCUUGUCUAAGCUUUAG